AACCCCUUGGAGGCGAGCGCGCAGUGCGUGGGAAAGUUGUCGGCAGUGAAAGUGCCACGUCUUCCAAGCAGCGGGAGAGGCCCUUGUGCCCGAGCCUUGGACGCCCUUCUCAGCACCCUGUGAGCUCCGGCCGCGGUCUCGACUCCGCCGGGCACCUCUGCGCCAGCGACAUGAGGUUUGUCUUGUGGAACGCGGUCUUGACGUUGUUAGCCACGGCCCUGAGCGGGGCUCUGAUCCCCGAGCCAGAAGUGAAAAUCGAAGUCCUGCAGAAGCCGUUCAUCUGCCAUCGCAAGACCAAAGGAGGGGACUUGAUGUUGCUGCACUACGAAGGCUACUUGGAGAAGGACGGCUCCUUGUUUCACUCCACUCACAAGCAUAACAAUGGGCAGCCCAUUUGGUUUACUCUGGGCAUCCUGGAGGCUCUCAAGGGCUGGGACCUGGGCCUAAAGGGGAUGUGUGUCGGAGAGAAGAGAAAGCUCAUCAUCCCUCCUGCCCUGGGCUAUGGAAAAGAAGGGAAAGGUAAAAUUCCUCCAGAGAGUACGCUGAUAUUCAACAUCGAUCUCCUAGAGAUUCGAAAUGGACCAAGAUCUCAUGAAUCCUUCCAAGAAAUGGAUCUUAACGAUGACUGGAAGCUCUCUAAAAAUGAGGUUAAAGUGUAUUUAAAGAAGGAGUUUGAAAAGCACGGUGCAGUGGUGAAUGAAAGCCAUCAUGAUGUGUUGGUGGAGGAUAUUUUUGAUAAAGAAGAUGAAGACAGAGAUGGAUUUAUAUCUGCUAGAGAAUUUACAUAUGAACACGAUGAGUUAUAGAGACAUCUGCCCAGAGAAUUUACAUACAAACACGUGACUUAGAGAGCUCUCUCUGCCCAUCUCUACAGCAACCAUCUUUAAACAGAGGGUAAUUGCCCUUACAGUUUUAAGUGUUCUGUUCUUGUUUUUUUUAUAUUUUUAUAUUUUUCUGACUAUUAUUUAAAGAACCCCUGAAGUUUUCUAAGUAUGCAUUUCUUUCUGUUAAGUUAUUGGGAAAAAACAAUUAAUUUGUCUUUGAAUAGAAGACUUCUGGACCAUUCUCUGCUUUUCACAUGUGAAGCCUUGUUUUACUUGCUUACUUAUUAAUUUAAAAACACUGUAAUGGAGGAGGGGGCUGGCGCUGUAGGGCAGAGGGUUAAGCCUCUGCUUGGGAUGCCUACAUCCCACAUAUGUGUUUUGCUUUGCUACUCCGUGUGUGAUCUAGCAUCCUAUAAAUGCAACUAGGAUGCAGCAGAUGAUGGCCCAAGUGCUUGGGUUCCUGCCACCCACGUGGGAGAUCAGGACAGAGUUCUUGACUCCUGGCUUUAGCCUGGCCCAGCCCUGGCUGUUGUGGGCAUUUGGGUAGUAAACCAGCAGGUGACAAAUCUCUCUCUCCUGCAAACUUUGUCUCCAUCACUCUGCUCUUCAAAUAAAAUAAAUCUUUUUAUUUAAAACAAAUAAACUUGGAACUGGGAGCAUACUGAAAUGUGAGACCAGGUUAUAGUACAAAUCGGCACUUUAUGUUUCUGCUUUCCUCUAUUUUUAUCCAAGUUAAAUACUGAGAUACUUUAAAAGCCUUUUUGCAAGAGGCCAAGACUUGUGGUUUUCAUGUUUUAAUGAAGUGAUUUGAGAAAAGUGGUUGUUGGGCUUUACUUUUUAGCAGCUACUGCUUUACUAAGGAGUUGCGCAAUGCUGAAGCAAGGAGCAAAGUUAAUACGUUAUAAAUAAUUAUAAAUACUUGUGCAUUGAAAUAGUCAGCCUGAGACUGAAGCUACAUGAAGCUUAACUCAUAGAAACCAAUGGAUUCUUAAAUAGGACAGGUCAUUUACAUACCUGUUUCUUUGUAAUAAAUCUCUCAAAAUAUUGUAGCAGACAUAA